AUGAUUAACAUUAAAUAUUUAGAGUUACCAGAACAUCUAAUUAAUGAGUAUAAAACAGUAUUUAAAGAAAAUGAUGGAGAAAAGAAAUUUUUAUUCUUAAGAAAAUUUCUUAAGUUUGUAGAAGAUGAUUUUGGUCACUACAAUUGCUAUAUUAAGUAUGAAAAUCCAAGUAAGAAAAACCAAGAUGAAGAAAUGAAAGUUUUCAAUGAAACAAUAAGAAGUUUUCUAGUUGAAAUGAGUUCAAUACAACCAAAAACAAACAGUAUGAGAAAAUUGAAAAGUAAUUCCUACGUAUAUAUUGGGGUUGGGUAUGAGUUUGGUUUAUUUGGAUAUCCACUUAAUGAAGCUAAAGCAGUUGAAAACUAUACGACAUCAGCUCAACUUAAAAGUGAUAUAGGAACAUAUAGAUUAGCACACUGCUAUGAAAAGGGGUGUGGAGUUAAAAAAUCAGAUUUGCAAGCAAUAUGUUUUUAUAGAUGUUCAGCCAAAUUAGGACAUAUUGAUGCUAUAUACGUAUAUGGAAUUAUUUUAAUGAAUGGGUAUUUAGGGGCAGCAAUUGAUGAAAAAACUGGAUGGUACUAUCUACAAGUAGCAGCUAAGAAAGCUAGUGAAUAUUGUCCUUACCCACUAUUUGAUGUUGGUAUAAUUUAUGAAACAGGUAGCUAUGUAGAUAUUUCAAUAGACAAAUCUUAUUCUAAAGAAUUAUUUUUAAGGGGAGCAAGAUUAGGUGAUCCUAAUUGUAAAUUUAAACUAGCGCAAUGUUUUGAAUUUGGUGAGUUGUUGUGUGUUAAGGAUUCUAAAAGAGCACUCAAUUAUUAUGAAGAAGCUGCUAAUGGUGGUCAUGUUGAAGCAAUGUUUUUUAUGACUACACACCUCAAAAAAGGUACACAUGGACUUGAAGAUAAGUCACAUAAGAAAUAUUUCUCGUGGAUUCAAAAGGCUGCAUGUAAAAUGAAUCAACAAGCACUUAUUAAAUGUGCUGAGAGUUAUGAAAAGGGAUAUGGAACAGAUCAGGAUAUUUUAAUGUCACUUUUAUACUAUAAAAUAGCAGUUGAUAAUGGAAAUGUUAAUGCUAAAGAAAGAAUGUAUUCUCUUGAAUCAGAAAUAGUUGGAUUAGACAAAGGAAUAGAUGUCUCUAGUAAGUGUCCUAGUUGUUUUACGUGUACUUCCUAA